AUGACGGACAACAUGAUAUUCACCUUAGACUCAUUCGACGAACGACUAUCCGAGCUGGAGCGCGGAAUUAGACCAGUUCAGGCAUCCACAAGACAUCACCAAAUCAUUCACGAUAACGUGACCAAGGCGCUUGACGCAGCAACCUUCAUGAUCGAGCAAUACGAGAAGUUUCGAGCGGUAAGUAGGCCACAGCUUCUGGUGUUCCCGACAGCUUCUUAUGUAUGCCUCUUCAAUAUCCAGGUCGCGAGAAUAAUUGAGAAUGGCGGUUCAGGAGAUUUAGUAAAGUACAGGCAAGCUCUAGACCGAUUGGCUGGCAUCAUCGCAUUCUUCGAGCGACACGCGGAACAAGAAGAUGCUUCGCAUGCGCUGUUUUGCGCGAAGAAGCUCAUUCAAGAAGGAAUACGGAACAUGAAAGAUGCUCUGAGGAAGGAACUGCUGGAACUGAACGAUGUUGACAUUUCCGACGACGUAAGGGAAAACGACGGGAGUUCGGCUCUUGUCUCUCGCCUUGUUGGUUUCGUGCAAGCACUGGUGAAGCUGGGCUUUGCGGAAGACUGUGUCAAGAUUUAUGUGGAUGUGAGGAGGAACUGUGUUGAAGAGUUUCUUCAACGUUCUCAGAUUGACUGGAAGUCCUUGAAAAUAGCUGAUCCUGCCUCUUUGAAGUGGAAGGACAUGGAAGGGAAACUUCAGACUUGGAUGCACUUGUCAGCUGUAUUGACAACCACAGUGAUGAGCACUGAGGGCCUCUUAGCAAUGCGAAUAUUCAAAGGCAUGGAUGUCUUGGGGGCGAGGGCUAAAACCGGAGCUUUGGCAUACAUCAUGAAGAUUCUUAUUGACGCUGGGAUUACCUUCACCAGUGCUCUCAAGUCACCUGAGAAACUGUUUGCGACUCUUGACAUGUACGAGGCAGCUGAAGAACUUUUCACACAGGUCACACUGGAGAAAUGGGAUGACAUUGUAAAGCGGGUAUCUUCGCUCAAGGAGAAGUUAUGUCUGGUGACUGUUCAAACCAUUCAUCAGCUUGAAGCAGCGAUUGAUAAUGAUGACAGCAAGCAGCUUCUGAAUGGCACAGUUCACCCUCUAACCAGCUAUGUAAUCAACUACCUGAAGUGCUGUCACGAGCGCUCAUCAGUUUUAGAACGGAUGUUUGUGGAAGUGGAGAAGGGACCUGGUUCGUUCUCACAGCUUACCCACUCGAUACUUGAGGUGUUGCUGAGAAACCUGGACAAGAAAUCGAAGCAGUACAAGGAUCCCGGCUUGGGAUGCGUUUUUAUGAUGAAUAAUGUGCAUCACAUUGUGCACCAAAUCCAGAGGUGCGAGCUUAAAGAAGUUCUUGGGGACGCAUGGGCUCAACAGCAAAAGUUAUCAGUUCAGCAGUCGGCGUCAGCCUACAGACGUGCUGCUUGGGGAAAGGUGUUCAGCUUAUUAUCUCUCAGUGGAGAAGCAGCUGGAGCAGUGCAAGCAGACCUGCAGUCGACCAGCAAAGGCACUAUAAAAGAAAGACUCAAGCUAUUCAACACCGCAUUCGAGGAGCUCAUGGAGAAGCAGCGGCUUUGGGCCAUUCCUGAUGCGGAGCUUCGCACAUCAGCCCAGCUUCUUGUUGGAGAACUGGUUGUCCCAGCUUAUCGGUCAUUCCUCUUCCAUGCGAGAUCCAAAAUGGACCAGCAGGUUCGUCAUUUCCCUGGUUCCAAGGACCCUCUGGGCAAGCAUAAGAAGUACAGCCUGGAAGAAGUAGAGAGCAUGAUCGGUGAACUAUUUCAAGGGCACUCUGAACUCUUAUCACCAAGGGAAGUCUUCUUGGAGGUCGGAGGUGCGAGUGCGAGCUGCCAACAACAUCUCGAGUCAGGACGAAUGGCGGAUUUUCAACAAGCUUCACGACCCAUGGCGGCUGAAAAAGACGGUUCCCUGCCCGUAGACGGUCUGGGAGCGCUCAAGCGGAAGGGUGCGACUCGGAAGCGGAAAAGAUCGCGCGGAGAUUCAUUGCCGAGCGAGAGGGAGGUCAAGGCGGCUGCUGCUUGCGGUGAUGAUGAGUCUCCUGCUGCUCUUCUGGCUGCGGCUGGAGUUCUCGCGCGACCGUCAGCCGCUUUUGCAGAAGCGCCUCGGGCUAUCGCCACUGAGGGACGCCUUCGUCAGGACCUGCCACAUCUGCCUUCGCCUUUGUCCCGUCUACUCUCUCAGAAUUCCGUGACAACUGUGCCUCUCGUCUCCUCACCCCGACUCCCUGGACCCAGCAUGACUGCUCUUAUGGCGCUGGAAAAUAGCUGUGCGGACCUUCUUAAGGGGGUCCCUCCUUUGCAACCUUCCAGCAGUCCGGACCUUCUUACCAGAUUUCCCUUGCUCUUAUCCAGCCCGGUGGGGUCAGUGAACUCCUCAAACCCAACCACCCAUGGGACACUGACACCGUUUAGCUGCAUGGAUCCAGCACUCACCUGGUUGUCUCCUGCAGACGAACUCCAGAAGCUACAGGCAGCAGCGAGAAAGCUUCAAGUGCCACCCACGUAUGAGUGCAAGGAGUGUGGGAGGAUUUUCAACCAGCCUCAAUCGUUGGGAGGGCACAUGUCCAGACAUAGACGAGAUGAAAGGCGGAGGAUAAGACGCAAGAAAAAAGUGGAAGCAGAUGCUCGGAAGGUGGCACAAAGCUUAUGUGAGCUGCUGAAAGCAUCGACGUCCCCUGAGAGCUCUGGCAUGGCUGAAUGUCCUGCUGAUGCUCUUGAGCAAAACGAGCUGAGGAGCAACAUCCCAGCCAUAUAUGUACCGGAUGAGCAGCAAGAGCAGCAAUCUUUUCAUGAAGUUGUUGCAUCUCAACAGCAGCUCCUGCUCUAUAAGCAGUUACUACACCAUCAGCUCACCACUCUCCCAGACCAUGUCCUGGUGCCUCCUGCAUCACACCUGCUGAACCAGGUUAUUCAACAGCAUGAGCCUGCCACCCCUUCUGCAGCAGUCCAGGAGAAUGACACGCGUGAAGUCCCGCCACCAGGUGUAAUCUCUGUUUUUGUUGGAGUGAAGAGGUGGGAGGAGAAUGAGUCCUUGGGAGAGAAAGGAGAAGCAGUCUGGAAUGCGCCCAAGGGAUUAUGGUCGUCAGCUGAGCAGCAUCAGGAUGCAACUGGUAGUGGUAGUACCAAGCACACUAGCUCGGGUGGCUCACGCGAGCUGGACAUUGAUUUGAACUUGAUUCCUGCAAGCGAUGUAGAGAUUUGA